AUGAAACUAAUGCUGCAACUACUGCUUCUGCUACUGCUAGAACUGCUACUACUUCAGCUACCAAUUUUAAUACUUCUCUCACCACUGAUACUACUGUCGAAGGGCAAUUUAGUUGGUGUGAAAUCACACCCCACACGGAGAUUGUACAAGAUGGGAUUGGAUUCGAACACAGUCACAACGUCUAUCUGUCGCAUUCACACUUGCAUAGACGGCUUCAAGCUCAGUUAUUUGCGGGCUGUUGAACGAGCCUUCGACGAAACCUGGGCCAUCAUUUUAAACGGUGGAACGUUAAAAAUUCCAGGCUUAUGCGGAUAUGAUAAUGAGAAGGAGGAGCUUAAAGGGGUAGGCUCAGGCUGGUAUGUUAAUGAGGGCAUGGAGCUUAAAAAACCGUCAACCAAUGACAAGACACCCGUUGAUGAUCUAGAAAGUUUAUGUCCGGCUGUUAAUCACAACGACGGUAAUAAUUAUGGUAAGAUUCAAAUAUCUCAUAAUAAUAAUAAUAAUAAUGAAAUUGAGAAUAAUGGUGUAAAAAAUAUUUCUAAUAAAAUGGAGAUGAGAAAAUCCGGAGAUACGUUGAUCUCGAGACGAUGCAGCAGCCUGAAACGACUGAGAAAAAAAUGGAAGUCCACCAAUCAGAUUCCUGCUGCUGCUGCUACUACUACUACUACUACUAAUAAUAAUAAUAAUAAUAAUAGUAAUAAUAAUAUAACGAUUCCUAGUAGCAGUAGUGGAAGUAUAUUGAUAGGAAAAAAUGUUGAAAAAAGUUUGAGACGAAUUAGCGGCGGUAGUAAUUUCAAUGCAAGUGGCUGUGGCAAAGAUGGCAGAGGCUGUAGUAAGAGUAGUGGUAGAAGUAGUAAAUUUGGAAAAAGUACAUGUUGUAGCGGCUGCUACUACGACGAUUUGACCAGAGAAGCUUGGAUGAAGAUUAUAUCGUUGAUAACAUCGAAAUUAAUGGAGGGCUAUCACGAGGGAACGAUGGAAAAGAGAGAGAAGGAAAAACAGCAACUGCAACUGCUGCAACAGCAAGUUAAUGAGAUGAAGUUACAGCAGCAGCAACAACAACAACAAAACCAGGACUCCAAAUUGAAUAAAGUUAUAUAA